AUGACUACUGCUAACAAAUACCCAGUGAAACGAAACUCAUCAUCGUCGUGUAAAUCUUACGAAUCCGGCGACGAAACCACUGACGAAACGGACGACAGCAGUUUAGGCAGAUUAGUCAUUGACGAAAGUGAUCCGGCCUCCCCAACUUUGCCUAGCAAUUUUAUUGAUAGUCACAACAUCUCUACUGACAACAAUAAUCUCCACAAGAAGGAUUGCAGCAUGGACAAUAUGGACAACAUCAGUUCAGCAGAUGUCGCCAGGACAGUUCACAACACCGAAUGCUGUGAUAUCUCCCAGGUCCCCGAUAUCAACAUAGAUGUAGAUGCUAAUGUUAACAACAACAGCAGGACCAACCACAUUGUGGGCCACAAAUUGCAAGAACCUCCUCAUCUAAUCAGCAUACAGAACCUAAUCAAUGAAAGUAACAAAAAAAAUGUGCCAUCUGGUGAUCAGCACCCAAUCAAAAUUAUGAAAUUUGAAAUGAUGGAUGAGUUAGAAGUGGAAGCAAUGAAUUACGAUAACGAGUCGUCAUUUGAGUCUCCGACUGACGCAGCAGAAGGCCAGAUGAUACAAAAAGAGGAUAUAAUAGAUGGAUUCUCAUUCUACAGUUUCCACACAAUCAAUGAUCUCGAUAAACAGAUUUCUGAAAAUGAGGACGAUGUCGACGACACGUCAAGUGAUGCUACUGUCGAAGAGACCAUAGAAGAUCGACUACUCAGCGAUUACAUCACCACAUCAACAUCAACAACAACGACAACGUCAACAACAACAACGCACUUCAACAUCUGUAACAACAACAACAACAAUUUUCAUUCUAGUCAUGUUAAUACUAAUAGGACAGCAACUAAGAGGCAUGGUUUUUGUGGAGAUAAUGAUGACUCUUGCAGCAUUAAUAAAAGAUUCCUUUGGGAUACAGAAAAAGAUUUGAAACCUCACCUACAUAGGCUAGAGAAAGAUACAAAGUCUGAUUACGAAGAUACGGCAUUCGAGUCGUCGAAACUCAUAAAGAAAGAAUUAUUAUACAACGAUAUCAACAAUAACAAUAACUGUAACAGCAUCAGUGGUUUGUCUAUGCAGCAGACGACGAUUAAAAGUGAAAAUAAUUCAUCUAUGAUGGUGAUGAAAAAUGAAUUUAAGUUUUCAUCCGGAAUUGAGAUGAAGUCUGGGGAUAGUUGUCUAGAGCCGUCGUCGUCUACUUCAUCUGCAACUACCGCAGCAUCAACAACAACAGCGACACCUCCUAGAACAUCUCCUAUGAUGACACCACCUCCACCAUUGUUAUCUUCAUCAUCAGCAGCCAAAACAACCACACCAACUAUUAAAAAUGAAAAAGAUUUAAAAACCCCAAGCAGGCAUAGAUCGCCGACCCCAGAUGAUGUAGUUGUGGUAUUGGAUGACAGCUCAGCCAAUCAGAGCGGAGUCUCUUGGGUCAGGUGGUUUCCUGGAUUAGUGUAUGGUCCCGAUGCCAAACAGCUGAGGAAUGAUUCGGUUCUGACUGGCUGUGCUCGAACUGAUGUUGUGUACGAUGCCAGUCGCAUCAAGAACAAAAAGAGGAACCACCAGAAACUGAAGAAGCCAACUGUAGUUACAAACAGUCAGCCCCACAACAACUCUCACGGCCACCACCAUCAUCAUCACCACCACCACGAACGAAAACCAUCUUCAUCGUCGUCGUCAUCGAAUGGACUGCACCAGUCGCACAUUCCCUUGAAGAUGGAGCCAUCACCCAAACACCCCAGGAUCAGACACGACAGUCCCGAUCGACUGCCACCAUUCAGACCACCUGCCUUUGUUCCUCCAUUGCAUGGGGCUAACAAUUUUUGCCUACCUGUACCUACGUUAGGGGGGCUGGGGGUGACCCUUCCCCCUCAACAGCCAUCCAUGAUGAUGCCCGGCUGGUCACAGUUUGAACUUCUAGCGGCUCAAAUGGCAGCAAAUCAAGAAAUGUUCAGGGUGCAGCAGGGUUUGAACGAUCGUUUCCUUCAAGACGCGACUCUGGGAGGCCCUGGUGGAGGAAUAAGGACGGUACCCCUGAUAAAUACUGGCAUAAAUAUACCGAUGGCGAUACCAGGCUUGCAGCCCACACUGACGUUACGUACCGAGAUGCACCAGCAUCAACAUCUCCACCAUCAUCAGCACGUCGUUCCUGGCGCCCCGUAUGCACCGAUGCCCAUCAUGCCCUCAGCUGUUGUCGGCGCGGCUACCGGGGUCUCGGCUCCUGGAGUCCACACGCUUCAGACCCAGUUAGCUCCUCCUCCACUUUUCUACCAGCCAACUCCUAAUCUGUUUUCUCCAUCUCUGCACCACAAUCGAACUGGCUUUUCAAACAGGGGUGCUUUCAUGUCUAUGAAACAAGGUUCAACUAAUAACAGCAGCAGUAGCAACAGUGGCAGUAGUAACACUCCGAGGCUUGGAUUUAAAGGGAAGUGGUGUUCUGCUCACGUGCAACUUGCCUGGAGGAUAUUGAUGCACUGCAGAAGUCUCAAACAACAGCCGCAACCACAGCAGCCACAGCAGCCACAACAAAAUUCUGACGAUGGUUCUCACUCUAAAUACACUAAUCCUAACUUCAAAUUAGGUGAUUCAAACAGCAACAACUUCUUGAAUACUGCUUUUAAGUUUGCAUCUGGCGGCGUUGGUCAUGUGAAUUCGAUGCCUUCCUCGAUGAGGUUCAACUCGGCUGCAGGUUGGCCUCAGCAGGAUAGGAACAAUCAAGAUAGCAGUGAGAUCAACAAACUCAUGGAGUUCGCUAGGAAGGAAAGGGAGACUGUCCUAAGAUUGAAUUCUACGCGUCAGCCAACUGAUGAUUAUCCAUUCAAUGCAGCAUCAUCAAAUUACUACAACCUGCCACCUCCCUCUCAACUCCCUCCACAUCUCACUAACUCAUUUAGGAAUGAUGGAAAGCCAGGAGAACCUCCCCAGCAGCCCAUGUUCUACCUCGGAGGCCAGGGUAGCAACGCUGCUAACAACAACAACAUCAACAACAACAAAAGUCAGCCUGCCUUCAAUCCAUCGGCAAGUCCAUACAGCAGCUGUUUGGAUGAUAGGGAGAAGAAAUUACACAGAGAUAGGUACCUGGCCUCGAGUACAGCCAGCGGAAAGAUGGUUGAUGGAAGUCUCACACCAUCAGCAGUCGACCAGAUGUACAGAAACCGUCUGACACCCUCCUCUGUCAAUCCUUUCCCAUUCUUCCCCCCGCCACUCAUGCAACACCAGCCAAGCCACCAGACUCUACAGAGAAUGUACGGUCAGCAGAAUAUAUCCGGUCGAAAUUCGGCCAAAUCCGAUUACCCGUCUUCACGUCCGGAUAACCUACCUCAAAUGUAUCCACCGGGAUACGAUCUAUUAGGGGGUCCCGGUAGUAACAGAUUUCUUGGUUCCAUGUUCGACCCACUUGCAGAUAGGGCGAGGUAUCUGCCAUCUCCCAGCAACUUACCCCCUCCCCCUUCUUGGGCCCCGUACGGUGCUGCAGGGAUGUACCCACCACCAGGUCGUCCAGAUUCUAUUAACAAAACUAAGGGACCACAAAAUUGCAUACAACCGCCGCUACUACCACCAUUUCGGUAGUUAGACUAAAAUUACUGCUCUUGAGUGAAUGAUUUUUUUUUCUUACUUAGUCGUUAGUGAACUGAAAACAGUGGAAAAUCACUUUGUAAUUUUAUAUAUUAAAUGGAAUUGAUGUUUUUGAACUCUGCAGUAACGCUUAAUUGGUUUUCAUGUAAAUUUUAUUUAAAAGACACUUUUUUUUGUAAUUCAUUCGUCUGAGAAUUUUAAGAAAAAUGUUACUAGAUU